AUGUUCUACUUGAUACUGUCACAGCAUUACUGUGGGUUCCAGGAUCGGAAUGCGGGUUCGCACGAUUUCUGCGAUGGAAAAGCGGAAUAUUCACAUUUGUUGUCACGUACAUGUCGAACAGUUAUCCCUCAUAGAAGAUACUCCGUUUACAGUCAUAAAAGAAAAGUAAUCGCGUAUGAAUAUGAUGAUGACAUUACGAUAAAUCAAGUCAAUGACCAACCACUAAAAAUCAUAAAUGCAGCCUUUGGGACACCUUCUGUCUUAAGAUGGACUGAUGCAACGAAGUACCGUUUAGUAGAUGGAGUUCUUGGUUUGUCAUCUUUAAAUAUCAAUGAUUUUCUGCAUGACAAUCCAAUUCACAAAGUAUUACGAAGUCCAUCAACUGAUCCAAUUAUUACGAUCGCUCUACCACCAAGGAGUAGUUAUAUGACUCCAACGCUUACGCUAGGUGCCAGCGAUGACGAGUUAUGUUCAACAAGCGAUAAGCAAGUAACUGAAAAGCUUGUCUCUACAACAAAUCGCUAUGAUUUUGCAUAUUCAUCAAUUUCUAUUGGCAAUACGACGUUUUCUCUUCAGUGGAGUUCAGCUUUCGCUUAUAUACACACUAUAAAGCCAUACAUUGCUGUG